AUUUGCCGCAGUUAUCGAUCACCCCUCGGGGAGGAGCGGACAAAGUUGACUGUCCUGUACUUGUCUGUGGCUGUCCCAGCCUGUAGGGACAGCUCAUCCUAAGGGGUUCCCCUUUUAUCCCUGUAAGCACACAGCAGGCACAGGCCAAUCCGCCUCCCACUGCCAGGCACGGAUUCGGUUGUUGAGGAGGAGGCGAGCAGGUGGAUGUGACAGUCAUGGCACGGCUCUUCGGCUACGUGGAUGUGACUGACUCUGCCUUCAUUGUGGCCGCCCUCUCCAUCGCCUUCAAUCCUCUCUUCUGGAACAUGCGUCUGAAGAGCAUUGCCGUUGGCGGCAGGUGGCACUGCAAGCAAGACGUGCAGGGCCUGCGCCUGGGAGCAGAAGGCAUCUCUGCAUGGCUUUGCAGUGACCAACCCGAGCUGGUGUGGUGGUGGAAGGCUCUGGGGAGGCAACGAGGCCUUUGCAGUGAUGCUGUAACGCAUGUGGUGAGCAGACGGACAGCAUCGAUUCUCCAGCCGUCUUGUAACAGGGUAGCCAGAUGGGAGCACAACACACGAGCGCUCAGCCGAGUCUUUGGCUCUUCACACGCUGCCUGCUACUGCCUGGGUGCUGUUAUCCUGCUGCUUAACUGUGUGCGGAGCCAUUGCUUCACAGAAGCCAUGAAGAGCCAACCAAAGCUGGAGGGCUUGGACUGCCACUGGGCCUAUUACUUGGGCUUGGUCAUCUUGGCUGUAGGGACCUUGUUUGUCAUCACCAGCUUCUUAGCACUGGGAUUCACUGGGACGUUCCUAGGUGAUUACUUUGGCAUCCUGAUGGAGGCAAAAGUGACCAGCUUCCCCUUCAGCGUCCUGGAUAAUCCCAUGUACUGGGGCAGCACAGCCGUCUACCUGGGCUGGUCUCUCAUGCACGCAAGCCCAGCUGGCCUUUUGCUGACAGCAGUCGUGGCAGUGUCCUACACAAUCGCCACGCUGUAUGAGGGGCCCUUCACAGAGGAAAUAUAUCGGCAGAAACAGAAGGGAGCCAAGAGCAAGUAGCAAGAGGUAUGUUUGCCAAUGAGCAUUGCAGCAAGAGGGGCUGCUUCACACCUAAGGGCACGUUAGAUGGGGAUGGGAGCACCCCCUCACCCCUUCCCAAUGCAUCCCUGCCCAGCCCUGCCUUUCCCAGCUCCUCCAGAGCCCUUCCUGCCCUUCCCCAUGGAUUUGAGCUUCCAGCCUCCACAAAACCCCAUACAGUAAGGCUUUACACAGCAGUGAUUGUGGCUGCCUCUUGACACUCAACCCCCAAAUUGCUUUGAUUAUAUACUUGAGAGUGCGAGGGCAGGAUGCUGGGGAGCUCUGAGGCUCCAGCUUAGUCUAAAUCAGGCAGAGAAAAGCAGUUAUUGCCCACGGUAGGUGCUCCAACAAGCAGCAAGG